UGCAUUCGGGUUACCCGUGUUGUGUCGGCAACAGCAUUAGUUUGAGCUAGUAAAAACUCGAGAUGACUCAUGAACAAACGCGUCUGCCGUGCCCAGUUGUUGACUUUAUAGCUCUGAGAAGUCCAACAACACACAUGAUCUAACACCAGUCUGUUUGAUUUCGUCUCAGUUAGCCAACAUCUCUCCUAGUGCUUGGAGCGAGAAAACAAACGGAGGCAGUCAUGGAAAAUGUAAAGCAGAUCCUUCAGGGAGUGGAGCUUGACACCCGGACAGUGGCACUACUGACGGGUGCUGCCUGCGGUGUGGGAGCUCUGGUGGUGCUGGUGCAGAAGGUCCACAGCCACCAAGAGAUGAAGGAAAAGAUCCAGAGAGCCAGAAACCGCAGGGCUGAUAGCCUGCAGCGGGCUGAGCAGGCGGUGCUCCAGUACAAGAAGUCGUUUCCAGUGACCGACUCUGCUCUCAUCUUGACGCUGUCCCUGUCUGAGUUGACAAAGAAACUGCAGGAAGGCUCGCUGAGCCCCGAAGACGUACUUUACACUUACAUGGAAAAGACUCUGAAUGUAAACAAAGAUCUGAACUGCUGCACGGGGAUCUUGUUAGAGAGUUUUGACCAGCUGAAAACUGUUUCUACAAACAAGGAAGGUCUCUUGUAUGGAGUUCCAGUUAGCAUCAAAGAAAACUUUGCAUACAAGAACCAUGACUCUUCAUGCGGUGUGGUCAUUAAUCUGGAACAGCCUGCGCAGCAGGACAGCGUGCUUGUGGAAGUUCUGAAGAGACAAGGAGCCAUUCCCUUUGUGAAAACCAACUUGCCCCAAGCACUAUUAAAUUAUGACUGCAGUAACCCCAUCUAUGGGCAGACAGUGAACCCCCACAACCUCCAGAAGACCUCCGGAGGUUCGUCCGGUGGGGAGGGGGCUCUCAUUGGGGGAGGGGGCUCCGUGCUUGGUUUAGGCAGUGAUAUAGGAGGCAGCAUCCGUAUUCCUGCCUCAUUCUGUGGGAUCUGUGGCUUAAAGCCAACAGCAGGUCGGCUUAGUUUACAGGGUUUGAUCCCCAUUUAUCGAGGGCAAAAAUCAGUGUUGUCAUCUCCUGGACCCAUGGCGAGAGAUGUGGACAGUCUGGCUCUGUGUAUGCAGGCUCUGCUCUGUGACCACAUGUUUUCUUUGGACCCCACUGUUCCACCCUUACCUUUUAAUAUGCAGAUAUACCAGAGCACCAAACCUCUCAGGAUCGGUUACCUGGAAAGCGACGGCUACUCUCACACGUCUCCAAGCAUGGCCCGAGGCAUCAGAGAGGUCAAAGCUCUGUUAGAGCAAGCCGGACACACUUUGGUGCCCUACGCUCCUCUGAAGAUCUCUUACGCAUUACAUGAAUUGCUUAUAAAGGGUCUCCUAGCAGACGAAGCUACCACCCUGCUUCAAAAACUGGAGGGGAGCCCUUUGGACCCCUGUCUCAAAGCACAGGUUUUACCUUACUAUCUUCCUACGUGGUUGAAGAAAACCCUCUCUUUUCUCCUCAAGCCCCUGUCUCCUCGUGCAUCUGCCAUCCUCAGUGCUUUGUCUGGAGUUGGUUCUGUUCCAGGUCUGUGGAAGCAGCACGCAGCCGUUGAGGACUACAUUCAGGAAACCAUAGCAGCCUGGAGAAGAUGCAACAUAGACGUGCUGCUGUGCCCGGUGAUAGGACCAGCCUACAACUUCCUCUUCUGCGGCAAGCUUUCCACUGCUCUCCCUCAGACGAUGCUAUACAAUCUCCUCACCUUUCCUGCCGGUGUUGUUCCUGUUUCCACGGUGACGGCAGAGGAUGAGGAGGAACUCAGGCACUAUAAGGGCUUUUUUCAGGACUACUGGGACAAGCUCUUCAAACAGGCUGUGUCUGGAGGCGAGGGUCUGCCGGUGGCGGUGCAGUGUGUCGCGCUGCCGUGGCAGGAUGAGCUCUGCCUGCGCUUCAUGAAGGAGGUGGAACAACUGGUCAAACAGAGCAGAAAGUAAGGCCUGGAAGACACAGGUGGGGCUGCUUAAUUCAGGGGCUUCAGGUUAAAUCUGCUCUGGUUACACUCAGUGAAUGUGAAAACAAACCAGUCUAUUAAAUCAUUAAUGAUGAAGAUGCUUUUUUAAGAAGUAAUAACUGCACAAAACACCUGUUAACCGCAUUAAAACAAAAUUAAAUAUAAGUAAAAGUUAACAAUUAAUGUUGCUUUAGUUGAGUAUUUAAAAAUAUUUAAUAUUUUGAGUUGAGUUUCAUUCUUCUGAUCAACAAGGAUGACCUCAUGCAUUUUCUGCUCUUCAACUUUUUAGGGCCAAAAAACUAACAAUUGAAUAAAUGUUAACUAUGAAACUGUAAAGGUAAUAUUCAUGUUUACUGAUUUAAAAAUGUUCACUCUAUGUUUAAUACAUUCAUUGCAAAACUUCAGAAUUACAUUUGUUUGUAUUGUACUGAUUAUACAUAAACUUACAUUUUUUUAUUUUGAUAAAUGUUUUGAGUCUAACUGACGUUGACAGACAUGAUUAUAUGAUCGUUAUGUUUUGUUUUGCGUAAUUCAGCAUCCAGUUUGGACAUUAGUAGGUGUGAAAUAAGUCUUUGUUCUGUUUUUCCACCGCUGGCAUUGUUCAAUAUUUCACGCAAUAUAGCUUGAACAAGAACUACAUGCUUUAGAAGAAAUUGAAUUCACAUCGUCAUUAGGCAAAGAGGCACCGCAACCACAUGUGGAAAAUAAUGUUUGUCUCUUUAUGAAAACUGACAUCUUUCUGUGAUGUGAUGACCAAUAAUAAAAUAAAGCAACUGAUUUGUCAUAGAGAAA